AAGUGUCAACAUGGCAGACUUGUGGCAAGAAGUAAAACGUCUUCAAGCAGAUUUCCAGCGAGCACAGCUUACAAGCGCAAAACAGAAACUUUCUGAAAGAAAUGUUGUGGAGAUUGUGAAUAAAUUGGUGGAGUUGAAGUUGAUUGAAGUGAUAUAUACCAUUGAUGGCAAAGAAUACCUCACCCCUGAUGAGCUGGCCAAAGAAAUCAAGGAUGAAGUUAUGGUUCAUGGUGGUAGAAUUAACUUGGUGGAGCUACAGCAAAUCCUGAAUGUUGACUUCAGACAUGUGGAAAACAAAGUCAGUGAUAUGAUCAAACAUGACCAGAGUUUGUUGGUGGUCCUUGGCCAACUUAUUACAAGAAGUUACCUUGACAACCUAGCUGAGGAAGUGAAUGACAGACUGCAGGAUCAGGGUCAUGUGACCAUAGCCGAACUUACGACCGUGUAUGAUCUUCCUGCUGAUUUCCUAUCUGAGCAUAUACAUGAACGCAUGGGAAAAAUCAUUCAAGGGAAAGUGGAUACGCAUGACCCAGACGUAUUAUUCACAGAUGCCUUCAUCACAAGAAUGAAAUCUCACAUCAGAGGAGCAUUUAGUGCCAUCACAAGGCCUACCACAGUCGGCACCAUAAUCAGUAGAUAUGGAUUUCAGGACAGACUCUUCUUUUCUAUCCUGGAGGAGCUGGUUAGUACCGGACGACUGGCUGGGGCUGUGAGCGGGGCCAGACAGGAAAAUGCUGCCUACAUCCCUGAGGUCUAUACCAAGACACAGAACCAAUGGGUUGAUGCCUUCUACAAACAGAAUGGUUAUCUAGAAUACGAUUCCUUGUCUCGACUUGGAAUCUCCGACUCUAAAGGAUUCAUCAAGAAAAGGUUCAAAUCGGAGCCCCUGACAUAUCUAAGUACCUGCUGUGCUGGUGUGGGGAUCAAGGAACAGAUCGAGGCCAGCGUAGAGGAGGCUCUGCAGGACAAUUCAUGGGUCAACAUCAUGCCCCUACUUCCUUCCAUAUUCAGUGAGAAGGAUGCUAACCAGCUGCUGACAGAAUGUACCAAGCAGUAUCCAUCGGCAGUGGUCAGUUGUGACACCAUAGUGUCCAGCCAGCAGUUCAUCACAGGCUUUGCUGAACCCUUCAAGGACAUUGUCACUAACAGGGCUGAAAAGGAAUCCAGAAAUAAUCCUAAUGUCUUCAAAGGGACAAUUGAUUCUCAGCCUGGUAAAAAGUCUUCCACUAGGCUGUCUGGAAUGGACGAUGGAACUGGUCGUGAGGAAAAGAAAGAUCAAAGGAAAAAGAAAGCUCAGGGUAGCACCAAGAGUGGAGGAGGAACCCAAGGUCGGGAAGUAAAAACCAAGUCCCUCAAAAAGAAAGGGGCCAGAGGACGAGGAGACGCACAUGGUGAUUCUGACGAUGACGAUACAGGAGGAAAGGGGAAACAACUCGAAUCCUCCUUCAUGUCUAUUGAGGAGAUGGAGGAUGUUCUACGGAAACAGACAGAGUUACGGGACUGUCCUGUUGACUUCCUCACACAGAUUGCACGACAUCUACACAGGCCUUUAACAAAACAGUUUCAUGAGCAAGCAAAGUCCAUAUUUCUUUCCCAGUCUGGAUCAGGAUCGGGGGCCAUUCGUAAAAAGACACACGGAGAAUUACAGGAGAAGUUGUCGGGUCUUUGGACUAAUUGUAAAUUGUUCGAAAAAGGAAUAAUUCUUCUUCCAGCUGAGGGCCAGACUCCACUCAUUAAACACCUCCUGAAGACCAUCUGUAGUGACAUAGCCAAUAUGGCCAUCAACUCUUUUGCCAAUGAUCAUAUGGUCUCCCUACCAGAGGAAACAGAAAUUACUGCUGAAGUUCGAGCAAAGUUGAUCAGCAAAAUGCCAGAGGCUGUGCAGCCUCCACUUGUUAAGCUUCAUGCCUCUUUAAAUGGAAAGAGCCUUGAAGAUUUCUUUACUCUUCUUGAGAAACUUUGUGGACCAGACAAUUUAGGCAUCAUUCUCAGAAAACCAGACAAAAGGAAGGAAAGACAGCUGGUGUUCAACCACCGCCAGGUAUUACUGGAGCAGAUGAAUGAAGAAUCUGAUCCUGCCAUGGCCCUCCAUCUGGCUGUUGUCCUACUGUUCCAGACCUACACACAGUGUCUGAUCCACGCCCCUGGCAAAUCUGUUCCCCAGGUUAUCGUGUUCCUAAGAGACCAUGUAGACGCUGAGCAACAUAAGGUGCUGGUCACACUUCAAGAUUUGGUGGUAAAACAUUUGAAACUACAAGGUGAUGAUAAAGAGGAAGAAAAAGCUAAAUUAACAACUGAAAUGCAAGACCUACUCCCACAAGUGAAGGACAUUGCUUCUAAAGCAAAGAAAACAACCACACAGAGUGAAACAACCUAAUAAUGAAAAGUUCAGAUUAUACCACUUACUGAAUGUAUGGGCCUUUAGUAGGUACUGAUGCCUAAUUUAAUUGACAACAGAACACGAGUCUAAAUCAAGACUGCAGGAAUACUGAUAUUUAUGAAGAACUCGAGAUUGUUUACAAAUUCAGAUGUGCAAAAAUCAACAUUGAACUUUGAUUUCUAUUUAUUUAUUUAUUUGGAGGUUCUCUUUGAAUAUGAACUUUGAUGAUUUUCAAAUUUGUGCACUAAUGAUAAAAUCAUGUACUUAUGUUGCAUAUUGUACUACAUGGCCAUAUUGGUACAAAAAAGAAUUCUUGAUUUGUAAAUAAAAUAUAUUACCGCUAAACGCAAGAUUGUUCUGAAAUUAUUUUAGUGGUGUUUUUGUAUAUAAAAGGAAAAUCACCUAUUUUAGUAACUAAUUUCACCGUUUAAUGUAUCUUGAAGACUGUUAGAAUCAGAGGCUAGUUCAUCUGUGAUAAAUAUACAUAUGACUUUUGAGUUUUCCUGAUACUUGACACUAUUUUAAAAUCUGGUAUAAUUUCAUUAUAAGUUUUGUUAUAUAUUUUAUGAUGUUUAUUAUACAAAACAAGAUAUAUGUGAUGAACAAUUAUGUGUCUUGAAAGAGCAAGGCUCACAAGAGACUUGACAAAUAAAUAUUGUGAAAUGAUUUCUCCUGAUCUCAUCAUGACGGACCCUUUAUGGAUAUUUUCACCAAUAUAAACAUGU